UACGAAUUUGUGAUGAAAACAAACGUCAACAUGAUUUGAUCUGUAGUUUACAUAUUGCAGAACCAAUUUGUAAUUUUAUGAAUAUAUAGUAGAACUAGAGUGAUGAGAAGAAUACAGAAGUCAAAAUCUUUACAAAAGCCGCCCCAACUAGUGGCGCCCCGUAAGGAAACCCCGGAAAAUGAGGCGCAAAUGGAGUUGGAACUUUGUUGGUGUGUGCAACAAUUGGAGAAUGCACUUAAUUCGAAUAAGCUAUCCCAGAAAGUUGCUGCUGAUACCGUGAAGAAUUUAAGAGUACUUAAAAGUUCAACUGCCCCGUUUGUUAAGAAGCGUCAAGUAAUGAAGGCGGCGUUGGGUGAUUACCGUGGCAAAAUGCUGGAGGAAGAGAAAAAGAUAGCAUUGGCUGCCAAACAAAUUAAAUUCACGCAAACAAUUGAAGCGAACAAGAAGUCGAGUUUCCUCAAAAAAUCCGCUAUAAUGCAAACGGAUAAAGAAUUUCGCUUCAAUUUCUUACCUCCACAAACAGAUAAUACAUCUGAACCACCUGAAAUCGAUGUUAAGAACACAACGGCUUCGGAGAUUGAGCAUGAAAGUAGCACAUUUAUAAGCAAAAACCUAAAUCUAAAUACUGGGAAUUGCUUUAAAUUUAACUUUGUAAUAGAUGAAGAAAAUAAUGAUUUAAAUUUGAACGGAUUGUCCAUUAAAUGUUAAAAAUAAUAUAAGAAAGUAACUGCAUCGAA